AGAGAGAGAGGGUACAGAUAAUACGCAUUUGGAUUUUUGGGGGUUUUCUUUGUGCUAUUUUUGUUCAUUGCAUGCGUUGAAUUGUAGAGAUAAUUACGCUUUGAAUGGUAUCCCCAAACAAAGGCAAAGGUGUAUGCUUAAUCUUAAUCGAUCGUCUCCUUGUCGGCGAUGUCUAAACACAACAAGGAACGAACUCUCAAUGACUUGUACAAUGUGACUUUCACUCUCCCCCAACCUAAGAUCACCCCUGUGUUGAGAGGAAGCUAUCGAAUGCAAGGGCCGUUUGAUGAACCUAUCUGUAACUCCCAGACGCAUACGGUGUCAACUGAAGUUAGUAAGGAAUCCAUUCGGUGUCCUCGGAAUCAGAGUGUUGGUGGAAGGCUAGUCUCCGGGUCGUGUAACGUGUGUUCUACUCCUUGCUCAUCUUGUUUUCCUACUAGUCAAAGCCUCAUGGAAUCAACAGUUGAUGAGUUUUCCGGGGAAACCGAUGGUGCAGCAUUUUUGAAGUUAAAGGAUCCCAAAUCUCUUGAAGGCCUUGAUGACAAUAUAUCAUGUGUCGUUAGAGCCAACGAAGCUAAUAAAUUGUCCAGCUCCAGUAAGAUGAGCGAAGACAGAUCAAGUCUACAGUGUUCUUCUACUUCUAGUGGAAAAACAAUAAAUAAUCAAACUUCUGCUGGAUGUGUACAUGUGAAAACUGAGGCAGAUGACAGUUCAAUUGACCACAGUGGCCGGAAUGAAAGUAAUGGUGAGGCGAAUAAUAAGGCACCUAUGGGGGAAACAUCUUCAAGAAAUGCACAUAGUAUAGGAGACUAUUUGGAAAAUAACCAUUCAUCAAUAAAGAACGAUGUGGCAUCUGAAGCUUCUGGCGAUCUACCUGCUGAUACUUGUCCUGAGAAGGAUGACCAAAAGAGUGUUGGAUCACCCGUUUCGUCUGAUACAAAGGAUGCUCUACAAUCACAUCAAAUGGAUGGGAGUGAGGAUUCUGACAUUGAGGAGCAAGAUGUGAAAGUUUGUGAUAUAUGUGGAGAUGCUGGUCGGGAGGAUUUACUUGCCAUAUGUUGCAAGUGUACAGAUGGCGCGGAACAUACGUAUUGCAUGCGAGAGAUGUUACAAAAAGUUCCAGAAGGGGAUUGGAUGUGUGAGGAAUGCAAAUUUGACGAGGAAAUGAAAAAUCGGAAAGGUGAUAAAUCUGUGAAGUUUGAUGGAUACAGAAAAAGUUAUCAUACUGGACAAACUGCUAUUGACGAUACAGGCGUCACAAUAAAAACAGAAGCAAAACCUUCUGAUGCUGAUGGGGAAACAGCUUCUGAUACUAAAAUAUCUGGCAAGAGGCGUAUGGAUGAUAGUGAAGUUUCUUCUGUGGCAAAGAAGCAGGCCUUUGAGCCAGCUUCGGUAUCACCAAAAACACUAAGUCCCAACAGACUUACUGCACUUUCCCGUGAAAGUUCAUUUAAGAACUCAGAUAAGGGGAAGUUGAAAUCCGUUAAUCAGAUCUCUUCUGGAGGUCUUUCUGUUCAUGAUACUCCAGCGUGGGGGCCACGGCUCCAAACUGCUAGAGGCACCUUUUCAAAGUCUAAUUCUUUCAGUUCCCUGGCUGCAAAACGAAAAGUGCAACUUGUAGAUGAAGGUUUCCUGCCGAAGCAGAAAUUGGUUAAUGAAUCUGCUGGUCUUGAUGUGAAAGAGAGUUCGAUCCGAUCAAUGAGCAAAUCUAUGUCAUUUAGAUCCAUAAGCACAAGCCGCAACAAUGUCUCUGAAGCAAAGGUUAAGAUGUUAUCCCCUAAGUUUUCCCCUGCUCAGGACAAAGGACAAAUGCAGACAAAAGAACGAAAUCCAUUUGAAAGGAAGAGUUCUUUUAGAUCAGAACGUUCUUCUGGUACUUCUGUUCCUUCUAAAACUGAGCAAAGAUCAGCAUUUCGAGGUGAUCCUUCUCCACUUUUUUCCUCAAGUAAUAACCGUGAUUCUAGACCAGGUCAGCUUGACAGCAAACCUGUGUCGUUAUUGAAAUCAUCUGGUGCUGUUGCUCGUAGGACUCCAGAAGUAUCUGUUCAUUCAGAUGAAGCUAAGAAGCAGAUAUCACUCACAUCCAUCUCCACUGGAGUUCCCGCUGCCAAUAAAAUUAGUAGCUCUGAUCAGAGGCCUAACCAGAGUAAUGCAAGGGAUGAUCCUUCGUCGAUCUCUUAUAUUGCUGAGAGACCAACAUCCAACACUGGUGAAGGUCUGUUGGAUGGGGUGUCCCAGCAGAGGGAAACAAAAAAUGUUGGUGAGAGAAUAAGGGAGAAUUCUGGGAGACGCUUAAAACACAGUGGAACUGGUACGAAGUCACUUUUCUGCCAGAGGUGUAAAGGAAGCGGUCACUUGACAGAAAGUUGCACUGCUGACGGGCCUGAUUUAUCCACUUCUGAUGUUUCUGCUGUAAAAAAUUCUAAAGAGGCCCCAAAUGGCACCAGCGAUCUGAAAGCUGCAAUUGAGGCUGCUAUGCUAAGGAAGCCUGGAAUUUGCCGUAAGAAUAGGGUUUUUGACCAGUCUGAUGAUUUGGCUAUGUCAAACACAAAUUCUGAAACAACGGCUCAAGAUCUACCAUCUGGUUCGAGUGGCAGAAGAAUUUUACCUACCAAUGAAGAAGGCUAUGGGCUUUCAUCGAACUCUAUGACUGGCUCCUAUAAACAGGAAAUCAGCAAUAUGAGGCAGCUGUCAGUGCUUGCCGCUGAAGCUCUUAGCAGAGCAGGGAAUGCGGUCCCUAUUCUUCCAUCUGACGAAAAGUCUUCACUUGUUGAUUUAGAUAGAUAUUCUCAAGCAGCAAUUGCAAUACUUUCGAGGACAGCAAUUCCAGAGCAUGAAUAUAUAUGGCAGGGUGCUUUUGAGGUUCAGAAGAAUGGGAGAACUCUUGACUUGUGUGAUGGAAUUCAGGCUCAUUUAUCAAGUUGUGCAUCGCCCAAAGUUCUUGACACAGUAAACAAAUUUCCUCAAAAGGUCCUCUUUAACGAGGUUUCACGGUUGAGCACUUGGCCAAUACAAUUUCAGGAGUAUGGUGUCACAGAAGAUAAUAUUGCACUGUUCUUUUUUGCUAGAGACAUUGGGAGCUACGAGAGGUGCUAUAAAACUUUGCUGGAGAAUAUGAUUAGGAAUGACAUGGCUCUCAAAGCGAAUCUUGAAGGUGUUGAGCUGCUGAUAUUCCCAUCUAACCGACUUCCUGAAAAAUCUCAACGGUGGAAUAUGAUGUUCUUCCUAUGGGGUGUCUUUAGGGUAAAGAAGGCAAGUUGUGUGCAACAUAUGCAGGCAACUGGAAAGCCAUUUCCUCUACCCCAGGCUAUUCCAAAGUCAAGCAUGCUUUUUCCAGAGAAUGUACGUUGUCUCGGCCCUGUCGACAAUGCUGCGAGUGAUAAUGUUACCAUGGAUGUUGAGGUAAUUGCUUCAAAGGAGUCUGGUUGUCCAUUGGUCAAUGGAAAUGUUGAUUCGAAAGCAUCCCAAGUUUGCAAAGGUGACUCUGUAGCCGUAAACGUGGAGCACCUGGAGCCUAGCUCCGUCACAAUUGUACCAACUAGCCAGUUGAAUUCUUCCCCAGGGAGGAGACGAUAUGGCAUUUUCCAGGUCGGAGAUGCUGGACAGGAAUGCAAAUCGGAAUUGCAAAGUAGUUCUACUCCAGCUGCCAAUACUUGGACAAAUGUUAGUAUAACUGAACCAGUGCCAAUGGAAUGUGGUUCUUUAGUUGAUAGACAGAGGCCAUCCCAUUCUGUUGAUGAAGCUCCAGGCCGUAUGCAGGAGAAAGCUUCUAUGGGCAGCACGGAGAAGGGCUUUGGUAGCACAAAUGGUAGGAAAUUUGAGAUAAAUCUGGAGGAUGAGUAUAAGGAUGAAGAAGCAUCUGAAACGAGCGGAAGUGCAACUACUGAACCAACACGGAAGGUGCUUAAUAGUGAUAUGCUGAACCACCUGAAACGUCCACGUUCCGUGGAGACAGUGAUGCAAUCUGUUGACUCUGGAGUUAAUCUGGCAACCCGAAGUUUUAAUGAUAAUGACAUUGUAGUUGAAAAGGCACCCUACGACAAAAAAUUGAAGACUAGUGUUGGUGGAUCAUAUGGUAAUAGCGAGCAAACUAGUUGUUCCAGUGAUGAUUUUUUGUCA